AGUCUGCAGUAUGCGUUGAUCAGAUCAAAAAAACAUGCUAAGUUAGCAACGGUAAUUUAAGAUAGCAAGUGGCUACGGUCCGAUACAAAAUAAAACGUCCAGUUUGCAGUUUAUUUCCAUGUAUUUUUUGUAUUGAAAUGGCUGUGGGUUACAUUUAGUCAGCUAAUCGCUAUAAUAGGUAAACAGGCUUGUAAACUAACGUUAGCUUUAACGUUAUCCAAUGGUCACUGCUAACGCAGAAGGUGGCUAACUAAUCGGCCUAAACCUAACAGCUAACUAGCUACGUUCUCUAACGUUAGUAUCAAAUGUCGGUUUCCUACAGUGAACUUGUGGUUAUAUAAUUCGCCAUUUUCCCAAAUUAACGCUAACGUUACCUAGAAGUUCUAGAAAGUUGGAGAUAAUGCACCACGUCAAGAUAAAGACUGAAAGGCCAGACGCAGAGGGGCCUGGUGCACGCAACAGAUUGGAUGCAGUGUUAAAGGGACUGGUGGAGAGGAGUGAAAGUGAAAGGGAGCAAAAUGAGGGUGAUACUGGAAAAAUAUCAGCGGACUCCUUAAACAAGGAUUUGUCACCAUCAUCUGCUGGAAAAAGGCAAGUGUCUAUUUUUCAACUGAGCUGUGUAUGUCUGCACAACAUAAGAGAUUUAAAAAGCUGUAACGUUUGGGAUUUUUUUUUUCUAAGUUUCCAUCCUUGUUUUGAUUUUUCCAGGCCGUCAGCUCGAUUUCCACAGCACCGGAGGAAGAAGCGUAAAGAGAUGGACGAGGGCCUACCAGAGAGUAAUCAACACAAACAAAAUGCUUACAUUAUUAAGUUGUUUGAUCGCAGUGUGGAUCUGGCUCAGUUCAACACCAGCACACCACUGUAUCCUAUCUGCCGUGCCUGGAUGAGAAACAAUCCUUCUGUUCGAGUGCUGCCUGCUUCCCCAAGCCCCCCACACAUUAUGGUGGAGGAAGAGCCUACAGACUUGAUCAAUGGUAAAGGCCAGAAUGUGUACAGACUCCCUCCUCCAACCUCCUGUCCAAUCAACACCUCCGGUGAACCUGUCAAUCUCAGGAUCCCACAGACUGAGAAACCCACUGUUAACAAGUUGACAGAUCCCCUUCCUGUAACAGGUUCUCUCAUAUGUGACCACAUGGAACGUUGGAAAAAGAUAAGGCAAAAAUGGAAGGAGUGCUCUAGCAAGAACCAGUUAAGAUACAGCGAGAGUAUCAGGGUUCUUAAGGAGAUGAAGGAGCUCUAUGAUCGCUGACUGGCUUGUACUGUGGCUCUCCACCACAGAAUGGACUCCAAGCAGUAGUAAAGGAGCCAUGGUAUAUAGCAGUCAAUGUUUGAGCACACCUGCUACGUAAUCAGACUCACAGGAAAGCAUGAACAUAACUGUGAACCUUAAAUAUACCAUGUGUCCUAUGCAUUGCAGAAGAAAUAUUCUACAGGAUUGUUACGUUUUUAGAAAUUUCUUGUGCAGGAAUUAGUUCCAGUUUGAUGUAGGACUGUUUUAUUAAUAAAAAUUCUUUGUAGAUGUCUGAUUAAACUAAUCAGUUUUCCAGACACACUGCCUCCCUCCUUCCUGUGGUAUCCUCAACAUUAGCCAGACUAAUUAAAGUCCAUAGUGGUUUCAACCACUUUCAGGUUUGCUGUAUUCAUCACACAAGUACUGGAGAACACAGCAACCUAGAGUAGCCAGAAUUACAUUUGAUAUUCAAUAUGACGUUCUUUUAAAAUGCAUGUGUUGCAAUAUUGCUGACUUGGUGGGGAGUUACUGGAAGUUAAAUGGUGAGCAAGUAUUUAAGCAAUAACACAUUUGUCAACUACAGCACAUUUUGAUUGAGGCAGAAGUGCUGACAGUUGUUUGAUCAAGAUGACAUACACACCAGAUGAAGAGUGAAGGAAUUGUUUGCCUUUUUAGGUACACAGUUGGGCGUGGUCUACUCUACGUCUGUGAUCCAUUGACAUUUGUAGGUCUGCAGCAUUGCCCAUUGAAAGGAACUGUUCCGUAGUAUGUGCUCUAUUGGUUUACAAAGAGUUAACUUCAGAACAGAGACCUUUUGAAUUUCAAGUGCCAAUGAAGGGCACCAUUUGGAUAUGAGAAAUAUAAAAUUUGAAAGAUUACAUUUAAAAAGGACUUUUCUUCUAGGUUUGUCUUCUCAUCAGUUAGGUGUCGGGUGAUACUCAAUGCACAAGACCCAGAAUAAAUGCAGGCCAGAGGGGAUGGAGCAUUUUGUUUUUGUUAAUACAUAAAUCAAAUCAAUAAAUGAAAAGGCAAGGGAAAUAAACAAUGUGGGGCUAGACUGUACAUCAGGGAGUUUAUUAUAGCGAUAUGUGUAAAACAUAGAUUAUACCAAAAUAUGUUGGCAAAUUAAAAUUAUACCACUGCUACACACAUCCCAAUUUACACCAAAUCAAAACACUCAAGUUAAAACACAGCAACCUAAGGUAGCUCAAACAACACAAUAACUCACACAUACAAGAUGGCUACUCAACUACUCAGCGUCCCUUUAAUACAGCUGAAAGCCCCACAAGAAAAAAUAAAAUAGAAAUUGUCCCCUUAAGUUGAUUGGUUGAAGGCACACUAAAAUAGAACAGGUCUGGGCAAAGCACUGGUUGGCUCCUUUAAUGUCUUGGAUUGAUUAAAAACUAAAAGACACUGGAGCACAAUAAUAUACGAAAGGAAGAAACAUUUUACUAAACAUAUGUAAUGAUAAAUAAUAUACCUUGCCAGACUGGAACAAUCUCCUCCCCCAGUGAGAUAGAUGUAGGUGACAGAAUUUUUAAAGAACCAUGUUAAUAUUGUAUUAAAAGGACUAAGAACUAUGUUAAAACAGCUCUGAUCUGCUUGAGCUUACCUUAUUUCUCAGCUGUUGUGCCUCAGCAAUGACUCCCAAGUUGUAGUCCCUCACCAAACAGGAAUAAUCUAACAAAUAACACAUUCUUUGUAAUAAUUAUUUAACAAAUCAUUAAUUUCGUACUAUAAAAUUAACAAUAUGUCUUUUGGCUCAUAUAUGAGCUAACAUAAAUAUUGUAUGGUGAAACAAUUUCACUAGUAAAAUCAUGCUUUCAAGAUUUUUUCUAAGGGAUCCUACCAAAUCAAACACCAAUUAAAGGCUGGCCUCAGGUUUGUGUCAGGUAAGAUUCUGGUGGUUCAUUUUCAUAGACUGUUCCUUUCUUAAGUCCUUCCUGGGUCCUAGUGCUAGACUUUUAUGAGUUUCCUAUCAACAAUUAAUUCAAAUUUUCGUCAAGAAUGCAUAAUAGAGGAGUCAGUGCUGUUGUGAUAUCAGAAGGUUUUAUGUUUCAAAUUGAGGAACGCAUACAAAGUGUCCUUAUGUGCACAAGAUAGUUAAUGAGUAGGAACCAUCCCAG